AUGAGUAAGAAUCCGCGGUCCGGAUAUGAUGUAGCGAUUGUUUCUCAGCUGCAGAGUACUUUGUCAGCUGAGAGCGAGCGGGAAAGGGGUGGCGAUGUGCUUCUCACUCUGAUGGUCACCUGUUCCAUCACCGACCCGGUGGUCGAGACAGAAGAGGAACUGGACGUCGCGGACUUUCCUGAAUUCAUGGCACUGGUUCGUUCUCUGUCAGCCCUGGGGGUUAGGGGGAUAAAUACACUUCGAGAGUGCAAUCGUCCGCCUGAAAUCAGGCUCUGUUGGGUCCAGCCUAAAGCAAGAAGCUGUAGGUGGGACGAGUUUGGUCAACUGCAUGAAACUCGGGUAAUCAACCGAUGCCACGUCUCUCUAGAGUUGCAUGGAGACACGGCCAAGAAGCGACCGCGUUCAUUUCAAAGUGAGGAGGUUGUUUCCGAGGCCGGAUGGGCAGAGUGGUUCAAGACUGUUAGUCUAAAAUUCACGCUCAUCAUGCUUGACAUGAAUGCUCACAGGUGUAUACAGAGCGUACCGACCGAUACCACAGCGCCAAAGAUUUGUGUCAUUAUAUGCAGUAGAGCGAAGAACUUUUCGAAAGAUGAAGCGUCGCCACUUUACUACUUGCCAUUCUCUCGCUCGACCUUCAAGGAUAUACUUUCCAAGUUCAGAAUUCAUCGCACAACAGCGAGAACCGUAUCUCGUGAGACAGCCUACUUUUCAUCGACCAUCAUUGACGAUCCCGAUCGUCCCACGCCUAGUAUAGUUUUAACUUGUCGCACAUCACCCGCCUGGUCCAAUGAUGUUGCCAUGACCUUGACUCAUUCUCCUCAAACCAAAACGACAUUUGCGAUCGUUUUCGGGUGCAGCGAGAUGCAGCGGAGGCAAAUCGAGGGUCGCCUGAAGGGCGUAACUCCGAUGGCGCUGGCGCAUCCUAUGCUUCUGCCAGGCAUUCUCGCCGAAUUAGAACGAAAGCGACUGACGGGAUUAGUUGAGUACACUCUGGAUAGAUUCACCCUCAGGGCAGGCGGCACCUCGAUGGUCGCGGGCGGGCGCGUAGGAACGCUACACAUGAGCGAAGAGCAAAUGGGCCAGUAUCUGGAGCUUUGCUACGAAAGCCAAAGCCUUGCCAAAGAGUUCAAAAGUGUCAAAAGGCAGCUUUUCAAGAUGAUACAAUCUUGCGACGUCCCUUAUCCGGCAGCGUCUUGUCCUGACACGAGAGACGGUGGAUCGAUUGCAGCAGAAACGAUGCAGGAUGCACUGGCAGAUGUCGGGACCAGGAUCAAGAAACGCACACUCGAAAUCAUGGAUUUGUAUGAUAACAAGAUUGACGAGUGCGGUAUGGUUUUGGAUAACACGUCGAUCACGAUGCAAACGGUCAGUAAUGAUCGACCUCGUUGUAGUGGCUUGAAACUAAACAUGACUAUCAAGAUAUGGAAUCACAUCGCCAGACAUGACGCAGCUGUCAACACCAAAAUUUCCAUUGCGAACACGUCGAUAGCCCUCGACUCGAAACAAGACAAUGCACAAAUGAGGUCAAUAGCGCUAUUGACGAUGAUAUAUCUCCCGGUAUCAGCGAUUGCGUCUGUCUUCAGCAUGGGGAUUUUUGACUGGUCAUCCAAGGGCACGGUUGUCUCCAAAUACAUUUGGAUCUUUGUCGUUUUGUCUCUGGGGUUGACGAUUCUCACUGUCUUGGUGUGGUAUCUUGCGACACGCACAAUAAAGAAGAAAGACGACGGUGCAUUUGAGGAGCUGGGGAUGACAGGAUCCGAAACGUCGUAG